AUGACGUCAAGUUUAUAUGAUGACUUGGAUAUUUUAGACGGAACACCUCUCGAUAAUUUAACAUCAAGCGAGUCGUCUAACAAGUCAGGAAAUGCUCCAUUAGUUGGUUUGCGUGUCACUGCUAACUGGUCGGAAUCUGAUGUAACAUCAUCUAAUCAAUUCAAUGUGAAUCCUUCUUCAGUCAAUUCAAAUUCCAGUUUAAAACUAAUGCAAUCCCACAUGGCUGUGAAACGUGCUCAAGGUCGACGCCCCGCCACAGAUUCUUCCAAUUCUCAGUGGAGUACUCGCACAACACUAGCCCCAGUGGUCGAUUUAAAACAACGGGUACCACACGUAGACGGCUCUUACAGAUUUAAUCAAUUGACUGGACGAUUAGAACGAUGUGUUUCGGGAAGCAGUGGAGGUAAAUCUAAACGUUCGUUGAAAUAUUCCAAUACAGCUAUGACGAAUGGUUUACUAUUUGGUGAACCAAAUCUACCUUUGGAAUUAGCUCGAAUUAAACGUGAACGUAGACGUGCUGAGGAAUCAGCGCUUGCAGACAGACACCACCGACUGGAUCCAUUUGGUAUGAAUGAUCCUUCCGGAAUGUGUCGUCGUUAUGAGUAUUCAGAUGAAGAAGAUGACGAAGAUACAGAAUAUACUGCAGCUUCCGGUAGGAGUUCUUCGCAACCAACAAAGGGUGCUGCUAUCGCACCUCCAUCUGUUUUACUCGAAGAUGUAACUGUUACUCCUGGUUCAAAUGCAUCACAAAACUCUGAAUCGUCAGUUAAUGAUGAUGACCCUGGAGUUAGCACAGCUAGUAGUAAAUUUGGAAUUAAUGUUGUUGCAGCGAAAAUGAUGGCUCGAAUGGGAUAUCGAGAAGGACAAGGUCUAGGUAGAGAAAGUCAAGGAAUGUCUACUGCAUUAGUUGUUGAAAAAACUAGUCGACGUGGUGGCAAGAUAAUUCAUGAAAAAGAUCAACAACGUCAACAAAUCCAAGUCAAUGCUUCUGCUGUUAAUAAUAAUAAUCUACCUAGUUAUUUAAGUGCAAAUGUAGAAGAGACAUUCAAUAAUCUACCACUUCCAGAGAAUCGAAGCUGCGUUAUUCUUCUACGUAAUAUGUGUGGACCAGGUGAAGUUGAUGAUGAUCUAGAACCCGAAACAGCUGAAGAAUGUGCUAAAUAUGGCAAAGUAGUAAUGUGUAUGAUUUAUGAAUUGCCUGAAGCUCCAGAUGAUGAAGUAGUUCGUAUUUUUGUGGAAUUCGAAUCUGAAGAAGCAGCAACGAAAGCGGUACUCGAUCUAAAUGGCCGAUUUUUCGCUGGACGUGUCGUGAAGGCUGGAUUUUACGAUGCAGAAAAAUUCAGGAAUUUGGAACUCGCCGAUGCGCCAUUGUCUACAUAA